AUGAGUGUGAAAGGCAGACCAGAUAUGAAAAUGCUGACGUCUUCUUGUUCCCUCUAUGAGAUCCACACCAGUCAGGAACGCAAACUGGAUCUGAAUGAAAGACCUUUGGUUGUUCAGUUAAACUGGAAGGCCAGCAGUAGAGAAGGACGCUUUGUGCUCAGGAAAGACGAGGAGGUUCUGGAGGAAAAGUGCAACAAGAAAAAGGAAAAAGACAGAGUAAUUGCAAACUUCAAAAGGACCUUUUCACAGAAUGACAAGAAUAAAAUGAAAGUUUCGAGGGAUGAGGACGGGUCAACUGACAAACAAGCGUCUAAACUGGAGAUGAAAGAAGGCAGAGAAAACACAAAACAACAGUUUGAUCAGCCUGAGUUACCCAUUGGGAUUAAAUUCACUGAGAACUUGGAAGAAGCCUUCCUGUCUGCAGUCAUAAAUUACACCAACAGCUCCACAGUUCAUUUUAAGCUGUCACCUGCAUACGUCCUCUAUGCUGCGGCGCGCUUCACUCUGCAAGGCCGCUCCCGACAAGCCUCACCGCCGUCAGAGCACACGCACACAGUGACAUCGCUCACAGACAAAGUGGUGGCCAUGACCGCAAAGGUCAUCAAGAGGCAGCAGGUUGUUGCCGUUGCUCUCGCCUUGUGGAUGGCGAACUCCUCUGAGCUGCUAAAUUUCCUAAAAAAUGACAAAGAUCUCAGUCCACUCACACAGCAAAGUCAGACCGAUCUGCUUCACCUGGUGCACAAAGCUUACAGUUGUCUGAAACAGUGCCUACAGAAAGAGCUGAGAAAGAACCUGCCCACUUUUUUGAUUGAUUUGGGGCAAGACGGUACACCACCUGCUGGCACGGAGAUGGUGUUGAACACCUUGAUGAACACCAUGUCGAUGUUCCGCCGCUGUCGAGUCAAUCCCGCGCUCACUAUCCAGCUUUAUUCUCAACUCUUCCAUUUCAUCAACGCCUGGCUCUUUAACCAGCUGAUGAGCACAAAGGUCAACUGUCCAGGUUUGUGUUCCCGCUACAGGGGAGCAGCUCUUCGCCAGCGGGUCACUCCGAUCAGAGCCUGGGCGGAGAGGCAGGGCCUAGAGCUGGCUGCUGACUGUCACCUAGGACACAUCAUCCAGGCAACAACCCUCCUGACCAUGAAUAAGUACUUAAUACGAGAUGCAAAGGACAUCCAGGACACCUGUUUUAAGCUGAACUAGCUGCAGCUGCAAACGUUACUAACCAACUACGUCUGUGCAGCCGACGAACCCCACAUCCCCCCCGAUUUGGUUGAUGCUGUAGUGACGACUGCAGAGGCCUCAGCAGAUACCCUGAUGCAAAGUGAGGGACAGGAUAUCCAGCUGGAGGAGAGCCUACACCUCCACCUGCCCUUCCUGCUGCCCGACAGAGGAUACUCCUGUGACACCGUGAGAGGAAUUCCUCCAGGCUUUAGGGAAUUUCUGGAGCCAAUUUGCCACAAAGGUCUCUGCUCUUUAACGUCAAACUCUGAAGGCGACUGGACAGCAUUUUUCAGUGAACCGUUUCUCAGCAGAGAGCACAUUCUUGCACACACAGAGCCAGAGAUUAUGACCAUCAAGUUAUAUAAACCCGGGAACGGUGGAAUCGGGGUCAGCAUUGUGGCUGCCAAGGGGGCAGGGCAAGAAAACAUCGGGAUUUACAUCAAAUCUAUCGUCAAGGGAGGACCAGCUGAAAUCAACGGCAUGUUAACAGCUGGGGAUCAGCUACUCAGCGUGGACGGUCAAAGCCUGGUGGGCCUCAGCCAAGAAAGGGCAGCAGCUAUCAUCAUGAAAACUGGCCCUUUUGUGACUUUAGAGGUUGCAAAGCAUGGGGCAAAGUACCACGGCCUGCAGAUAAUCCUCAGUGACACAACAUCAACAAGGACUGUAGUAGGUGGUAAAAGUCAGAAGCCAGUUACGUUAAAUGGUAGUGGGCUUAAACAGUUGGACAACCUGCAUGAAAGCACCAAAACAAAACAAGAACAGAUAAUGCAAAGGAACCGACUUUAUCACUCCAAUCCUAACAUCACAACUGAUUUAAGUCCUGAUGACAGAGAUGAUCCUGGUGACACUGAGAGGAAAAGUUUCCACCAACCACCUUCACAAUUAGACAGCCAGAGUUGCAGUGAGAGGAGGUUCAUGCAUCAGGCACUUUCACAGGAAAACCUGUGUGGAUGUCCUCUGCUGGACAGAAGACAGAAUAUGUGGGAGCAUCAGGACACAACUCCAAAGAAAACUAUGAGCCAUUACUCCUCUUUUCCAGCUUGCCCAUACAUUUCUACUCAACAGCAGCACAGCAGCCACACAAGUGUGGCUGAUGUCUGGAGAAACCCUCCGUACCAACAUCUACCACCUUCAGUCCAGCCAAUACGCACUGACAUCCUAGUAAGCAGACCGGCAUCCGCGAGGUCACAUCCUCUGUUCACCACCUUCAAGCAGACCUCUUCUUUGCUAACAGCAGAUUUAAGCCAGUGUCUUAAUGGACAUACAAGUGUAUGGCUUCGUACUCAACCCCACCAUGACUGCUUCAUUUCUGGGAACAAGAUGUUUCCUCCAUUGCAGCAGCAGGAAGCCGGCACAUGCAUGGGUGGAAAAGCAAAACGUAUCCUUCCAAGCCCUCCUGGCUCUACAGACACAGGGUGCCGGCUCUGUGAUCCAUGGAGUAGAGAAGCCCAGGAGAAGCAGAUGGUGGCUCUUGGAGGAGGUGUAACAGAUGUAUGCAACCUGGAGCUACCAUUUUAGAAGAGGCUGCAAGAAGUUCAACAAACAGGGGAGGACGAGGAAAUGGACAUGAUGAUGAUCCAGCAGCGGGAGGGGAAGCACAAAGCAGGCCAAGAUUAAAACUCCACCAAUUACUUAAACAUGACGGAAAGCAGCCACUGCUUACAUUGUAAGGCUCAGUGGAGAUAACCCACAUCAAAGAUGCUCUCAUGUCACAGCUCAUGGACAAAGAUCUUCACAAAAUAGUCUCCAGUGGUUCUCUUAGCCAGAAUUCUCUAUAAAUGGCAUUCUGGAGACCAAGUCAGAUUAGAAAAAAAUUUCCUUCACUAACACCACAAGGCCUGAGCAUGUCUGUUAUUAUUCAACUGCAACAGCGCCCUAUAGUGUCUCAGCAUGGCAUAACACAAUUAUGAGCCCUCAUUUAAUUUUGAAGACAGAGUUUAGGCUGUAGGUUUACAUACAUCUGAGUUACAGUCAUUCAUACUCAGUUUUCCUCAACUUUGCACCUUCCAUCUGACCAAACAUUAUGUAUACUAGAGAUGUGUGGUGGUGUGGGAGCAACACUCAGGCCCAUAUUUGGACGGUGAUACAAUUUCGGUGAAUUUGUGUCAUUACACCGUGUGGUGGAAUUAAAAUCAAAAUAUCAAGAUGUGCUUAUAGAUUUUUGUAAUUAAUUCAAGGGGAUUAAUAAAAAUAUUGGACUCACAUUUAUGAAUUACAGACAUUUUUUAUACAUAAUCCCUAUUUCUUAAAGGCUGUAAGUAAUGGAACAAACUAAAUGCAGGAAUUGUUUAUACAAAGGAGGGAACAAGAACACUGAAUGGAAAAGUUAAUGCUCAUAAAUUAAAUAUAAAGCAAAAAUCAGAAAAUGUGUGACCAUGCAAUUAAAAAAUCCAAAACAGCUGAUAGAAUCAAUGAGAAUUAAAAGGCAUUUUCCAUUCAAUAAGAUUUUAUUUUCAUUGCAUUUCCACAUUUUACAGAUCAAAACAACAGACCUGUUGAAGACAAUGACAACAUGAUGUUUCAGUUUGUUUUUUUAAUGCUUAAAGAAAACACUGAAACCGACCCAAAUACAACCAAACAAAAUAAAAAAAAAAAAGCAAAAACCUUGUUUUGUUCCAAGACAUAUUCCUGUAACUUGUCACAGGAAAAUCUGCCUGAGUCUAAAUAAUUCAAAACAUCUUUUGCUUUAUUACUUUAGUAAAUUCCCUAAAACUGCCGCAUGUUAUAUCAGUUUAUAUUACGUGUUUGGGGAAAAAAAAACCUGACAAAAUAAAAUACUCUGACUGUAAGGUGGAGUUUCUUGCUAUAACAGACCAUGGGUUUGUGUUCGCAUAAACAACCAUGAGCAAUAAAAACCCAAGUCUUUCUGCUAUUAACAUUGUUUUUCCUUGUAAACCAGGAGGAGAAAACUCAGAAAUGCGCCCAAAGAAAAGCAGAUAUUACAAGUUAACAAAAGUGUAAUAUUAUAAAGGUUGCGUAUGAAAAUGUUUGUCUUUGACAAAUGACCUGGGGUUGUUUCAUAUUUGACUUCUCUAUUAUAAUUCAUUCUGUUUACUCUUUUUAAAAACUCUCUCCUU